AGAGGGAGAGGCGGAGGAGGGAGAAGAAGAAGAGUCCAAACCAAAAUUUAAGCCGUUCGUGAUGCCAAACCUCAUCCCUCCGAAGAUCCCAGAUGGAGAAAGAGUGGAUUUUGAUGACAUUCACCGUAAGAGGAUGGAGAAGGACCUGAUGGAACUCCAGACUCUGAUCGAGGUUCACUUUGAGAGCAGGAAGAAGGAAGAGGAGGAGAUCAUUCAGCUCAAAGAAAGAAUUGAGAAGCGUCGCUCUGAGCGAGCGGAGCAGCACAGGAUCCGCAGCGAGAGAGAGAAAGAGCGCCAAAAACGUCUGGAGGAGGAGAGAGCUCGCAAAGAGGAGGAGGAGGCAAAGAAGAGGGCAGAGGAAGACGCCAAGAAGAAGAAAAACCUGACCAGCCUCCACUUUGGAGGCUACAUGCAAAAGUUGACGGAGAAACGCAGCGGGAAACGGCAGACCGAGAGGGAGAAGAAGAAGAAGAUCCUGAAUGAAAGACGCAAAUGCCUGGACAUCGAACACAUGAGUCAGGAGAAGCUGAAAGAGAAGGCGAAGGAGCUGUGGGAGUGGAUGUACGAGCUGGAGGCGGAGAAGUUUGAACUGCAGUACCAGUUCACCAGGCAGAAAUACGAGAUUAAUGUGCUGAGAAACCGUGUGAGCGAUCAUCAGAAAACAUCCAAGAGGACCAAGAGAGGCCUGAGGAAAUAGACACUGACACACACACACACACACACAUACACACAGUGAGCAGUGUAAAUAUCAGCGUGAACCAAGCCCAGUUUUUCCUGCCGCACCCAGGUCCCUCCUAUUUCCAGCCCAGCAGCUCGCCGACUCGCUCUGACAUCCAGCUUUCCAACUCGAUCACAUUCUCCUGUCUUU